GUUGUAUGUUGGUAUCACUGUUGUUUGAAUUCCCGCUAUUUUAAGGUUAUAAGCCUUCAACAUUUAAAAACUCGUGUUGUAUCUAGUUUAGACAACUAAUUCUUCUAAAAAACAAUAAAAAAGUGUAUUUAUAAAAUAAAAUAUGGGUGAAAUUGGGGUAUUGGAAACAAACGAAAAUGAUGAUGAGGGGGCGUCCAAAAAAGUUAAAAUCACUAACGAAAAAGCGGCUAAGAAUGAUAUUAAACUGGCAACCCCCAAAACAAAAUCAGAGAGAUGUGACAAGUGUAAACAAUACUUAGACCAGCUUAUUUUGUACGAAGGGCAUCCGAACCAUUCUCAGGAGGAGUUUAUCGCUUUAACAGAUGAGAAACUGUCGGUUUUCAAUGGGGAUGAGGAUUUUGGGGAUAAUCAUGAUGAUUUCCCCACACAUAAGGUAACCCAUUUCAGUGUGUAUGAUAAAAAUGGGCAUCUAUGUCACUUUGAUACGGGGUUGAUUGAAAACAAUGUUGAGUUGUAUUUUUCUGGAUAUUUGAAGCCAGUUUUCGAAGAAGAUUCUUCGACUAAUAAUGGUAUUCCUGCUCAUGAUUUGGGGCCUAUUAAUGAAUGGUGGACCGCUGGUUACGAUGGAGGGGAUAAACUUCCGAUGGGCUUCUCUACUGGCUACGCGGAGUACUAUUUGAUGGAACCGUCGCCAGAGUACGCCACAAUCUUCGCGAAAAUACAGGAAAAAAUCAAGCUGUCCAAGAUGGUGAUCGAGUUUCUAUUGGACAGAGGGUGGGAGAGUCCGACCUAUGAAGACCUGCUCGAACAUAUCGAGAGCUCUGCAGAAUACCUACAAGUGGAAGACUUGUUGUUGCAAAAUGCGCAGUUCAUAUGCGAUCAGGUGGUAAAUUUCGAUCGGGGAUCCCCCGACGACGAAAAACCGAUGAUCUCGUACCCGUGCAUGCGUUCGCUGGUCAACAUGGCCGGCGUCACGUUCCAAAAGAGGAAAAAGAUGAGGAAACAAGAGAGCAAAGGUAUCAGGGUGAAAAAGGCCCCGGUUUGGUCUAAAGCCACGACCACCAAACUGGUGAGAGACGUAUUCGAAAGUUUCUUCCCCGAUCAAAUAGAUCAGGGGGGGAGGGAUAAGGGGCCGAAGAAGAAAAGGUGCGGGGUUUGCGAGGCCUGCCAGAACCCAGACUGCGGCGAGUGCAGCUUUUGUAAGGACAUGCUGAAGUUCGGAGGCAGCGGCCGAUCGAAGCAGGCGUGCAAGCAACGAAGAUGCCCGAACAUGGCCAUCAUGGACGCCGAACUGUCGGAGAACGAAGAAGAGGCCGACGCCAAAACGGAAGUGACGAAGAAGAAGAAAAAGUGCUCGAAGAGGAUACUGCAUAGCGUCACUUUCCCUGAGCAGCCUUCGAAGGAGGUUAAGGGCCGCAAGUGCUAUUCCUCGGCCAUUGUCGGGGAGGAGAGUUUAAAGUCGGUUCAUAAAGAGAGCAUCCUAGAAUAUUUUGAUUUUUCGAAUAAAAAUAGCAAGCCGACGGCGCGUAGCGGCGUGAAGGUGGAGGCCGGCGACUUCGUCAUCUUGAACCCGGAGAACCUGAACGAGCCUCUGUGCGUGGCCAAAGUGGCCUACAUCUACGAUCAAGCGCCCCAGGGCCCCAUGUUCCACGCGCACUUCUUCUGCCGCGCGAAAGACACCGUGAUAGGCGAGUGCGCGGACCCGCGCGAGCUCUUCGUCGUCGACAGCUGCGACGAGUGCCCCUUGGGGGCCAUCGUGCGUAAAGCCGAGGUGGAGUUCAGAAAACCCCCCGCGAAUUGGCACGAGCUGGGUGGAGAGCUGAACCUCCCCCCGCAAUGCGAGGACGACGGCAAAACGUUCUACUUCUCGAAGCGUUACGAGAUCGCCAACAGUCGAUUCGUCGAUUACGUCGAAGAGACGGAAAUCGACGAGUCUAACCCUUGCGAUUGCUGCAAGCGGAAGCUGCAAGCGAAAAAGUUCGAAACGCCCUUCACAAUCGACGGUAAAGUGUCGUGGAAGGGGGAGUUGUACAAAGUUGGCAGCGGGGUGUUCUUGAAACCGGAAACGUACAAAUUUUCCGCGGCGGAGGAGCUGGAAGAAGCCAACAAGGAGAACAACGUCGACGAGACGAUUUAUCCGGAAUUCUGGCGGAAGAGAUCGGAGAAUAUCAAGGGUUCGAACCUCGACACGCCAGAUCCCUUCGUUAUCGGCCUCGUCGAGAGCGUGGAGGACAAGAAGGCGGGCAUUAAAAUCAUGGUUCGCGUAUUCUUCAGACCCGACAACACCAAAUCUAUAUUCCAAGCCUACACCAAAGAUCUGAACUACCUGUACUGGACUGACGAAGUGAUCACCACAACGUUCGAAAACGUCACCGGCAAGUGCUACCUUGCCUUCGAGGAGAACAUCGUCGACCUGGAGGAUUGGAGGCAAAAAGGUCCCAACCGCUUCUAUUUCAACGAAACCUACAGCCCCCUCAGCAACAGCUACGAAGAGGUGCCGCACAGCGCCAAAAAGCUGGGAGGACAGGGCAAAACCGGGAAAGGUGGGGGAAAAGUGAAAGGUAAGUCCAGCAAGACAGAAAAGGAUCUACCGGACGUCCCGGAAGUUUGGGAGCGACUGGAUAACCCUCUAAGGUGCAUGGACGUUUUCGCUGGAUGUGGGGGGCUAUCCGAAGGUCUGCACCAAUCAGGCAUCGCGGAGACAAAGUGGGCGAUAGAAAAAGAGAACGCUGCAGCUCAGGCGUUUCGUUUGAACAACCCGGACUGCAAGGUGUUCACCGACGACUGCAACGAAAUUCUGAAGCUGGUGAUGUCGGGCGAGGGUAGGCAUCGCAGUUUGCCGUGCAAGGGGGAGGUGGAGCUCUUGGUGGGCGGCCCCCCUUGCCAGGGCUUCUCCGGCAUGAACCGCUUCAACGCUGGGCAGUACUCGGCGUUUAAAAACUCCUUAGUAGCUUCCUACCUCAGCUACUGCGAGUAUUACAGGCCCAAGUACUUCGUCUUGGAGAACGUGAGGAACUUCGUGUCGUUCAAGAAGAGCAUCGUGCUGAAGCUGACGUUGAGGUGCCUGUUGGCGAUGGGAUACCAGGUGACGUUCGGGGUGCUGCAGGCGGGUCACUACGGCGUGCCGCAGACGAGGAGGCGGUUGAUUCUGAUGGCCGCCGCCCCCGGGCACGUGUUGCCCAGGUAUCCGGAGCCGAAGCACGUUUUCAACAAGCGCGGCUGUCAGCUGUCGUUCGCGGUGGACGGGGUCAGAUACGAGAACGGUGUCCAAUGGGCGCUGUCGGCCCCGUACCGCACGAUAUGCGUGCGGGACGCUCUAAGCGACCUGCCCGACAUCAAAAACGGCUGGAACAAGACCGAGAUGCCGUACGACUUCGACGCAGUAUCGCACUUCCAAAAAAUCAUGCGCGGCAUAGACGACAGCGGCCUGGUCAAGGACCACGUGUGCAAGGAAAUGGCGGCCAUAGUCGAGGGUCGCAUCUCACAAAUCCCCACGUACCCGGGCGCCGACUGGCGAGACCUGCCCAACAUAUCCAUCAGGCUCAGCGACGGCACCAAGACCAACGCGCUACGGUACCCGUACAGGGCGAAGAAACAAAAGGCUUCCGACGGAAGCGCCAACCGCGGGGUUUGUCAGUGCGCCACUGGUCAGGGCUGCGAUCCUGCCGAUAGGCAGUUUAACACCCUGAUUCCGUGGUGUUUGCCUCACACCGCUGACAGACACAACCAUUGGGCCGCUCUCUACGGGCGUUUGGAGUGGGACGGGUUUUUCGGUACCACCAUAACCAACCCAGAACCCAUGGGCAAGCAAGGCAGAGUUCUUCAUCCCGAGCAGAAUCGCGUGGUAAGCGUGCGCGAGUGCGCGCGCUCCCAGGGUUUUCCCGACAGCUACAAAUUUUUCGGCGGCAUUUUGGACAAGCACCGGCAAGUUGGCAACGCUGUACCGCCACCCCUAGGCGCGGCAGUCGGCGGGGAGAUCCGCCGCGCGUGGAUAAACACGUUAAAAAAUAAGAAAUCCGACUGAGUAACAUUUUUAAAGUGUAAGAUAGUGUUUAAUUUGUGCAUUUUAUUUUUGUAAUUAAAUAUGUUUGUAAGUAAAGUUAUUGAUUUUU